AAGCGGAGGCUCUGCGCGCAGGGGCCACAGUGUGGAGUUUGUUACAGCAGGAGACACUGAAAAAAAAGUUAGCGGCGGAUUUUUUUCCCCUCUCCCACACUUUUUCAUCACUGGUGUCUUACCUGCAGCAGCAUACCAACGGAGGAACAUCUUCAUCUGUCUCAUCAUCAUGGCAAACAAAGCACAGCAACCUCCUCACCUGCACCUGGCCGAGGUCACCGCUUCCCAGUUCCUCGAUAUUUGGAAACAUUUCGAUGUGGAUGGAAAUGGAUACAUUGAGGGAAAGGAGCUGGAGAACUUCUUCAGGGAGCUGGAGACGGCUCGGAGAGGAGCAGGAGUGGACCCAACAAACCCCACCUUCAGAGAAAGGAUGAAGGAGUUCAUGCAGAAGUUUGACAAGAACAAAGAUGGGCGCAUCGAGAUGUCAGAGUUGGCCCAGAUUCUUCCUACCGAAGAGAACUUCUUGCUCUGCUUCAGACAGUUUGUCAGCUCCAGUGCCGAGUUCAUGGCGGCAUGGAGGCGAUAUGACACAGAUCGCAGCGGCUACAUUGAAGCAAAUGAACUGAAGGGCUUUCUGUCAGACCUGCUGGAAAAGGCAAACAGACACUAUGAUGAACAGAAGCUGCAGGAGUACACGCAGACCAUACUCAGGAUGUUUGAUUUGAACGGAGAUGGAAAGCUGGGGCUCUCAGAGAUGGCAAGGCUCCUCCCUGUCCAGGAAAAUUUCCUGCUUAAAUUCCAGGGAGUGAAGCUGACCUCUGAGCAGUUCAACUCCAUCUUCAAUUUCUAUGAUAAGGAUGGGAAUGGCUACAUUGAUGAGCAGGAGUUGGAGGCUCUCCUACGGGACCUUUACCAAACCAAGAAGGAUGUGGAUGUGAAUAAUCUGAUGGGCUACAAGGAGAGCAUCAUGAGCCUGUCCGACGGCGGGAAGCUCUACCGCGGGGAGCUUGAAAUUGUCCUCUGCAGAGAACCAAUUGUGUGACUACUUCCUGCUCUUUUUAAGCAUUUGUUUUUUUCUCUGCCUGCCUUGUCCUUUCUCUUCUGAGACCUCACCCAUUCCCAGCUGAGUGGCAACAUAUGGUGCAUGUGCCAGACACUUCCCUACCCCCUUCAUUUCCCCCAAAUAUUCUUAUUCUGUAAAAGAUGGAAUGAUAAGUGCACUGUCAGCACAAGAUAACUACUUCUUUAAAGUCAUGAUUUGUGAAAAUUGACCUCUCAGUGCUAACCAUCUAUUUGUUUACUAUCAGCUUGUCCUAAUUUAGCACCUCUUACUUCAUCCCUGUCCAUGCUGUGCCUGAGAUGCAAAAAUUAGACUCCACAGAAUUUAUAAACCCUUAUCUCUGACCCAAGUUAAUUGUCCAAUUUGUUCCUUUGCUCUGUCAGUUUGCAUUAUAUACUGUAAGCAAACAUG